ACAAUUAUUUCAGUCUCCAAGAUUUUGUUUAAAUUGUGCAAUUGUGAAAAAUAAUUAAUAAAAUGGAAAAUUAUUUCAAAUGUAAACAAUUAAUUGUGUUAAUCAAUCAUAAACAAUAAAUGUAUAUCAUAAAUAAAUAUAUUUUGGUGUUUAAUACAGCGACCGUGAAAAAUAGAGCAAUUUUAAACAUGAAUAAAUAAUUCAACAUUAAAGAUUGUGAACAAAAAAAUUGUUCGUCGUUUUGUGUGCAGAGAAGCAGAAGAAGAAGAAGGGUUGAAUAUCGCGGAUGGUUGAUUGAAUUUGUGUAUAAGUGUAAAUUUAUUGAAAUCUAAAGGAAACAAACACAUAUACUACCACACAAAGGCUACAACAACCACAACAACGACGAACAUACAACAAUUUUGCAUAAAAUUUUAGCAAAUACAGAACAAAAACAACUAGAAACAAUAACAACACAGUAAAAGAGGAACAAAUACACGCACACAAACACAAAAUCCAACUUGGGCAAAAUGCCUAGUGCCUCUUUUACAUCAUCGCGCUCCUAUGUGCGACGUUCCAGACGAAAGGGUGCCAAUCGUAUUGCAUUACCAAAUCGUCCAACGGGAAACAUUAUGGAUCCCAUGCUCCAAAAUUCGGCUUCAACGUCAGCAUCACAAUUAAAUGCAAAUUUAAUGCAAAAUCACUCGGCCAUGUCUACGUCAGCUGCAUCUACAUCUUCUGCCAUAGCUUCCGCUUCUGUCGCCUCAUCGGCAAAUACAAACACAAAUGCAGCAUCGUCAACAUCGUCUUCAACUUCCGCAUCGUCAUCUUCGUCAUGUACAUCCAGUAGUGUUGGCGUUUUAUUAUCCCUGAAACAGUCUUUAGCAUCGUCUUCCUCAGUCGAUAUGUAUGAUGCAGCCGGACCAUCGUGUUCGAAAUCACAGUCGGGUGCUUCAUGUUCACAUUCAUCGUCGUCGUCUUCAAACACAGCCCUGGCUCAAUUGGGUUCGAGCUCAGCGAAUGCCUCGGCAUGUAAUCAAAUGCCAUCAUUCAAUACCCCCUCUUCACCGGAGUAUGUUGGUAUGCACAUAAAUGAUAACGAAGCCGGACCUUCUGGUAGUGCAUUUUCUUCCUCAUCACUACUGGGCAGCGGUGGAAAUCCGGCUGCUUCUUCUUCGCCAUUAAAUUCAUCAUCGUCAUCAUCUUCUUGUGUACAUCAACCGCCAUACGAUUUACGAAGUAAAUUGCCUGCCAACAGUAAUCACGAUCAAUGGUCGACAUCAGUAUUGUCCUCAAACAUUUCUUCCUCUACACCCUCCUCCUCCACCUCAGCAUCGUCCUCCUCAUCGGCCAAUAACACAUCAUGCUCCAUGAGCAUUUCAACUGGAGUGAUUGUGGGCCCAUCAUCUGGCUCAAAUUUAACAAAUAAUAAUUUACCAUCGGGCUCAUCGUCAUCAUCAUCCUCCUCUAACAAUCAGACAGCAGCUGUUAUACAUGCACCCUGCACUAAUGCCUCGUUUCCGGUGAAUAAUGCUCACACAACAGGUGCACCUGUAACACACCCGCCAACCGUACACAGUUCCAUACCACAACAGCAUUGCAGUGCUCUCCCCAUUGGAGGCUCUGAUACCAAUAGUUUUAUGUUGCCGGCACGCAAGAGAUCGAGGCGUCUGUAUGCGAUUAGUGUAGAUACGGCUCUAAUGUCACCUCCUAGUAUGUCCAACUCCUUCAAUGGUCCUUCGGCAGCUCAAUAUUUGCAGUACGAAUUACCCGAUGAAGUUUUAUUGGUAAUAUUCUCCUACCUACUGGAACAGGAUCUGUGUCAUUUGGCUCAAGUCUGCAAACGUUUCAACACAAUUUCCAACGACACCGAGCUGUGGAGACGUUUGUAUCAGUCGGUCUUUGAAUACGAUUUGCCCCUUUUCAAUCCCGAGAUUUCCAAGUUUGUCUUUGAGAAACCUGAAGAUUCGGAAUAUGCCAAUGCCUGGAAGGAGAGUUUCCGCCAACUGUAUCGUGGUGUACAUGUUAGGCCGGGCUAUCAAAAUAAAAAAUACCCCGGACGUUCCAUAGUGUUCUUUGAUACCAUACAGGCCGCUUUAGAUUAUCCCGAGGAGAGAGCUGCUUCAGUGGGGGCAGCCUCUACUUCAAGUGCUGUGAUCAAUGCUGGACUUUCGAAUCCCUCGGCUGGAGGAGCUAGUGUCAAUGCUUUGUCCAACAUGUACGAAGAUGCUGUUCCGCCGCUCGAUCAUCCGGGUCCCUUGAUAUUUUUACAUGCUGGCCAUUACAAAGGAGAAUAUCUCUUCAUUGAUUCGGAUGUGGCGUUAAUCGGUGCAGCUCCUGGCAAUGUAGCCGAAGCAGUGGUACUUGAACGUGAAGCUGGUUCCACCGUCAUGUUUGUCGAGGGUGCCAAAUACGCUUAUGUCGGCUACUUGACUCUCAAGUUUUCGCCCGAUGUCACAUCCACUGUAUCGCAUCACAAACACUACUGCCUUGACAUUGGAGAAAAUUGUUCGCCCACCGUGGACAAUUGCAUCAUACGCAGUUCAUCGGUGGUGGGCGCAGCCGUGUGUGUUGGUGGCGUCAAUGCAAAUCCCAUUAUACGCAAUUGCGACAUUAGUGAUUGUGAGAAUGUGGGUCUCUAUGUGACAGAUUAUGCUCAGGGCACUUAUGAACACAACGAAAUUAGUCGCAACGCCUUGGCUGGCAUCUGGGUGAAGAACUUCGCUAGUCCUAUAAUGCGUGAAAAUCAUAUACAUCAUGGCAGGGAUGUGGGCAUAUUUACAUUUGAAAAUGGCAUGGGUUACUUUGAAAAGAACGAUAUACACAAUAAUCGUAUAGCUGGUUUUGAGGUUAAAGCCGGUGCUAACCCCACAGUGGUGAAAUGUGAAAUACACCAUGGCCAGACGGGUGGUAUUUAUGUGCACGAAAAUGGAUUGGGGCAAUUUAUCGAAAACCGAAUACACUCCAAUAACUUUGCUGGUGUUUGGAUAACAUCUAAUAGCAAUCCUACUAUACGUAAGAACGAAAUCUACAAUGGCCAUCAGGGUGGUGUUUAUAUAUUUGGCGAAGGUCGUGGUCUCAUCGAACACAAUAACAUUUAUGGCAAUGCUUUGGCGGGCAUUCAAAUACGCACAAAUAGUGAUCCGAUUGUUAGGCACAAUAAAAUCCAUCAUGGCCAGCAUGGUGGCAUUUAUGUACACGAAAAGGGUCAAGGUUUAAUAGAAGAGAACGAGGUGUAUUCCAACACUUUGGCAGGUGUAUGGAUAACAACGGGUAGUACACCGGUAUUAAGAAGAAAUCGUAUACAUUCCGGCAAACAGGUUGGCGUGUAUUUCUAUGACAAUGGUCAUGGCAAACUGGAGGACAAUGAUAUUUUCAAUCAUUUGUAUUCCGGUGUACAGAUACGUACUGGCAGUAAUCCCGUCAUACGGGGUAAUAAAAUUUGGGGUGGUCAAAAUGGUGGUGUGCUUGUUUACAACGGCGGUCUGGGCUUAUUGGAACAGAAUGAAAUAUUCGACAAUGCCAUGGCCGGCGUUUGGAUUAAGACUGAUUCAAAUCCCACAUUGAAACGAAACAAAAUCUACGAUGGUCGUGAUGGUGGCAUUUGUAUAUUCAAUGGUGGCAAAGGCAUUCUGGAGGAGAACGAUAUAUUUCGUAAUACCCAGGCGGGAGUUUUAAUAUCGACCCAAUCACAUCCCAUUUUAAGACGCAAUCGUAUUUACGAUGGCCAAGCGGCUGGUGUUGAGAUAACUAAUAAUGCCACUGCCACUUUGGAGUAUAAUCAAAUAUUUAAGAAUAAAUUUGGUGGCUUGUGCUUGGCCAGCGGUGUUCAGCCCAUAACAAGGGGCAAUCAAAUAUUCAACAACGAAGAUGAGGUGGAGAAGGCCGUUUCGGGCGGUCAAUGUCUCUACAAAAUUAGCAGUUAUACAUCGUUCCCCAUGCAUGAUUUCUAUCGCUGUCAGACGUGCAACACGACCGAUCGUAAUGCGAUCUGUGUUAAUUGUAUUAAAAAUUGUCAUGCAGGUCAUGAUGUCGAAUUUAUAAGACAUGAUCGUUUCUUCUGUGAUUGUGGUGCCGGCACCUUAUCAAAUCAGUGUCAACUACAGGGUGAGCCCACUCAAGAUACUGAUACCCUAUAUGAUUCAGCAGCUCCUAUGGAAUCUCAUACACUUAUGGUAAAUUAACUAGAACUUUAACUGUAAGUAUUCCUCUUCACUCAUACUCUUAAGCGAUACAAUUCGAAUUCUAACAAAUCCAAUGAAGAAGGUACGAGUUUUUGUUGUGCUAACAACAAAGAAAUUAACCAUAAAAAAACAAA